UCCUGUGGUGCUACGUCACCAGAUCUCGUGACAAACCCGCCCAAACAAAAAACUCCCGAUGACGUCACGACAGAGGAUCACGGAAGUAAACCAGACGACGAAAGACAACAGACGCAAACACAAUUCAGUUGCCGUGUUUUCGACUAUUACUGACAAAUUAGAACUAUCAUGCUUGGAGGCUUCAAAUCAGAGAAGUUAAAAGUCAACCUCCGGCUAGUCGUCCAGAGACUUAAACUCCUUGAGAAGAAGAAAACUGAGCUUGCUCAAAAGGCUCGCAAGGAGAUUGCAGAUUACCUGUCAUCAGGAAAAGAUGAGCGGGCACGGAUCCGUGUGGAGCACAUCAUCAGGGAGGACUAUAUGGUGGAAGCCAUGGAGAUCUUGGAGCUUUACUGUGACUUGCUGCUGACACGCUUCGGUCUCAUUAAGUCUAUGAAGGAGCUAGAUCCAGGCUUGCAGGAGGCGGUGUCCACUCUUAUCUGGGCAUCCCACCGCCUUGAGGCUCAGGUGUUGGAGUUAAAGAUCGUAUCAGACCAGUUAUGUGCAAAGUAUAGCAAGGAAUACGGCAAGCUGUGCAGGUCAAACCAGAUUGGAACAGUCAAUGAACGACUGAUGCACAAGCUGAAUGUGGAGUCCCCUCCUAAGAUCUUGGUGGAGCGCUACCUGAUUGAGAUAGCCAAGAACUAUAAUGUUCCGUAUGAUGCUGAUGCGAUAGUCAGGCCUGAGGUGAGUCACGGAGAAGAAGCUGACCUGAUUGAUGUGAACAACUACAAGAAGCCUGGAGGAGGAAGUGGAGGUGGAGGUGGCGGCGGCGGCGGCGGGUUCACUGCUCCAGUCAUGCCAAUGCACAUGCCCAUGCCCAUGCCCAUGCCCAUGCCCAUGCCUAUGCCCAUGCCUGUAGCUUUCAACUACCCACCUCCCAAAGGAGCAGAACCAUUUAUUCCGCCUGUCGGAUCCUACAGCAGCUUCCCGCACACUAUGGGAGGAGGGCUGCCCCCUCAGCUGCCCACUUCUCCUCCCACAUACGAGUCUAUUGAUGACCUAAAAAACUCACAUCCUCUUCCUUUCCAGGCUGUAGGUCCUUCAUCACAGAUAUAUGACAACACCACCCUCCCAGAACUUCCCUCUGUCCCUGACACGCUUCCCACAUCCUCCUUCGGCGGAAACACCACCACUUCAGAUGACCUCGACUUUGAUGACUUGUCACGACGCUUUGAAGAGCUGAAGAAGAAGACCUAAGAGGUUUUUUUUUGGUUCCUCGUCUUUGAAGACCAACAUGUGGGCUGGUGGUUCUGUGGGAAGUAAAACUUGCUAAAGGCUCAGAAUUGGCUAUUUAUAUACAAAUCAUAUAUUUACUUUUACCUUAUAUAGAAUAUAAUGAACAUACAUAUUACUGAGGUUAUGAUUGCAAACAGUCUGGUAUUUUGACUUGUUAUAUAUUUUACUUUAUGGAGUUUCACUGUUUAAACACUUGCUUUUCCCUGGUGUGACAUACUUUGCAAUGAAAUAGUUUUGUCUGUCAAACACAGCAGUCAGGCCGUCCUUGAUUGUUCUUUGCACAUUAUGACGUAACGCUGUGAUCUCUGUUUCAUCCCAGACCGGUCCAACAAGUCCGACUUCCCCGUCUACCUUGAUAGGUGUUUCUGUUACAACCCGUAGCAGUUGUUUGGUAGAAGAACAUUGUAACAUUGUCUUAUAUAUAUAUAUAUAUAUAUAUAUAUAUAUAUAUAUAUAUAUAUAUAUAUAUAUAUAUAUAUAUAUAUAUAUAUAUAUAUAUAUAUAUAUAUAUAUAUAUAUAUAUAUAUAUAUAUAUAUAUAUAUUUUUUAACAUAUCUGAUCACACAACCUGAUUUUAUAUCUAUAUAUUAAGCCCAAAGAGAGGUUGUAGUUCUCCAUGUGUCUCCACACAUCUUCCACUGUACCGCUGUAUUUGCCUUAAAUUGUACACUCCCACCAGAGGCCUGGUUGGUCUACAAGGAUAGCACAUCAUUUUUUUCCAUCAGGACCUGAUACAUGUUCAUUUGACUGCAAGAACAAAUGGUUGGGUUUUGAUUAGCUCGUGAGAAGUUGCAGUGAGAGCACUUUUCACAUGUUUUCCAACCUGACCACACCUAGCUCAGCUUGUUUAUCGAGAGGAGCCUUGAAUGAUUCGGCACUUUCUGGAAAGAAGAUGUAAAAGCUAACGAGGAGAGUUAAUAACACUACCAAAACUGCUCUUGCAUUAUUGGACGAUGUUACUUUGUACAAUAAACAUUUAAUACAA